AAUUCCAUCCGGCACAAUCUAUCUUUACAUAGUCGCUUUAUGAGGAUCCAGAAUGAAGGCACUGGUAAAAGCUCAUGGUGGGUUAUUAAUCCAGAUGCCAAACCUGGCAAAACACCUAGACGUCGAGCAGGCAGCAUGGAAACAAAAAGUUACGAGAAAAAACGUGGUCGUAUUAAG